AUGGCGGGGAGGAUGACGGACGCGCGCGAAGGGGUGGAUGGCGCGAGCGAGCAGGCGUUGAAGAGUCUGAAUCCAGCGCACCUGAAGGCGCUCCUGGGACAGGAGGUGCUCGUGACGCUGAGCGACGGGACGACGAGACAAGGUACGGUGUAUUCGCUCGAUCCCGAGUCGUUCACCGUUUUCCUCGCCGCGGAAGAGGGUGCGAAGGAGCACGGCGUGGACAUUCGAGAGGACGAGCGGGUUGUGUCGAUGGAUCUGAAAUCAUCUUCGUGCGUCGUCGUGCCGGGACACGCCAUCAGGGCGGUGGAGGUUGUGGGGGGGAACGCGCUCGCGCUGGACGCGCUGAGCUCGAACGGUAAAAAUGGUUGGAUGGAAGUGCACGGAAACGGUCUCGCGACGAGUCAAGAGGACAUACUGCGAGCGAUGCAGGGGAGUCGAACCAACUCUUGGGGGGCGAAGAGCAACUACGCCGGCGUUGCGUCCAUGUUGAAGCCGAGCGCCGGGAAGCAACUCGAGAACGUAAAGCAGUGCUUGCGUGCGCACAAGGUCCCGUUCACGGAGCGUAAAGCCGAUCAAGGGCCGGGAGACGUCGAACUUCUCGUUCUCGGCUCGCUCGUCGUGAGCUAUCCGUACACCGCAGAUGACUGCGCGUGCUCAAACGAAAUAGUUUUAACGCGCGUGCGAGAGCUCAUCUCUAAGAGCGCCUCUUCGUUCGCUGGUGACGAAUAA